AUGGAUUGGUUUCACUGCAACCAGUGUUUCCGAAAAGAUGGGACUCAUUUCUUUAUCAGCAACUGUGGCCAUAUCUUUUGUAAAAAGUGUGUGACUCUAGAAAAAUGUGCGGUUUGUGGAAUUGCUUGCAAGCAUCUGGCUGUUUCUGAUCAACUAAAGCCUCAGGAGAAGAUGUUCUUCAAAAGCCCCGUGGAGACAACUUUGCAGCAUUUUAGUCACAUCUCUCAGGUGUGGAGUUUCCAGAAGAAACAAACAGAUCUUCUCAUCGCCUUUUAUAAGCACAGAAUUACAAAGUUAGAAGAAGACAUGCAGAAGACCCAGCAAACGGUGGCCAACCAGAACAAGGAACUCUCCGUCCUAAGGAAGGAGAAUGGAGAACUGAAGAAGGUUGUAGCCAUCAUAAAGGAAUCUCCAAGUCAGUACCACGGCAGCAGGGCAAACACACCUCGGCCAGUAGGCAUCACCUCUCCAUCACAGUCAGUUACCCCACAACUCAUUUCCAGGCAUAGCAGCCAAGUGGUCAGUCGGUCCUCCUCCAUGGAGUCUAUCCCUAACAGAAUGGCUGCUUUGGGGAUCCUGGGACAAGGAAGCAGAGGCCUGCAUGGAAGGAGCACUCCCAGAGACUCUUAUACUGAAACCCCUUCACCAGCUUCCACGUACAGCCUACGUUAUAGACCUUCAUCGGCCUCCUCUGGACAAGGGAUUUUUCCUUUCAGACCAUCCCUGAACGAUGGGGAUUCGGGGCACUCACUAGUCUUCACCCCUAACAAUUCAGUCUUUGGUCAGAGGAAGAGCAGAAGCACAUUGGACAGCCUUCCUGGUUUCCAGCUACCAUUCCUGUAG